AUGGACGCCCUCGCUCAAGGAAGAGUUAAACCCGCGGGUAUCGAUCUGAACUAUAUCACAAUCGAGCAUCCCAGAGACAUCUUCGACCGCAUGAUAAGAGGAAUGGAGUUUGACGCCUCUGAGAUGUCUGUUUCCGAGUACAUCUGUCGUUGGGCUGAUGGGGAAAGGGACCUCAUCGGCAUCCCGAUAUUGCCUGCACGGGCUUUCCGUCACAACUGCAUCGCGGUCAACACCGACAUCAUCCAGAAACCAUCAGACCUAAAUGGUAAACGUAUCGGAGUCCAGCUUUACACCAUGACCGCCGCAGUGUGGAUCAGGGGAGCUCUGCAGACCGCUGGUGUUGAUCUAUCCUCCAUCACUUGGGUGGAGGGCGACAUCAAAAAGCCCGGGGCCCACGGAAAACCGAAAGCAAAGCCACUGUUGCGCCCUGUCAGAAUUGUGCCAUAUAUGGACGCGGCCAGGUCGCUCAGCGAUCUCCUCGCAGACGGGGACAUUGCAGCCACCAUUGGUGCAGAUACACCACCCUGCCUCGGGAAAGCGCCAAAUGUCCAACGCCUGUUUCCCAAUAUACGAGAGACCGAAAAGCGGUAUUAUCAAGACACAGGCAUCUUCCCCAUAAUGCAUCUUGUGGUGAUCAAAAAAGACCUCGUGGACAAACAUCCUUUUGUUCCGUCGAGUCUGUUCCACGCCAUGAACGAGUCCAAGGAUAUUGCUCUGCGUGGAAUGAGAUUCUUGGCGACGUACCGCUACAUGCUGCCAUUCCUCCCAGCGGACCUUGAAGAGAUCGACCAAUUGUUCGGCGGCGACCCCUGGCCAUAUGGCAUCGAGCCGAAUAGAAAGAGUCUGGAAGCUCUGGUCACUUACCUCUACGACCAAGCGAUGGUAGAUCGGAAGAUCCCACUGCAAGAGCUAUUUGGUCCAGUACACGGUCCGAACUUGAAGAUAUGA